AUGGCACCCCGCCAGGGCGGCUAUCUCCGCGUUCCGGGACAGGAAGACGACUUUUCCCGAAAGCAGCCUCGUCGCAGCCGUUCCGGUUCCUCCGGCCGGAGGCAAAAGGCUCUGCCCAGCGAGAAGCCUCUCCCGGCCCUCCCGCCGCCGACGCCGACGUCCGGGGCCACGUUUGUCGAUAUUGAUCUCCACGGUGACGGUUCUCACAAUUCGCCCAGCAACCGUCGUCGCGCCACCAUUGCUAUCGCGCUCGCCCUGGCCUUCGUGGGUUGUAUGCUCGCGUUCGUGGUUCUGGGCUUCGCCUGGGACAAUGGCGGCGUGAGACGGGGCCCGAAUGCGUUGGACGGUUUGAAGAACCUCGAGGACUGCCCGUGUAGGCCGGACGACGAUGUGCCGCAGUACUUCAGGACGAGUCCGGAGUUGUGGGCUGGCCCGACGGCGACUGGUAAGCCUGCCUUUAUGGCGCAAACGAGAGUUAUCCCGACGGGCACCUUUGUGCCGAAUGCGCCGCUGCAGACGGAUAUCCCUAUCGAGGGAAUGGGAAGCAAGAAUGAGAGCAUUUUUAACAUGAUGGGGUAUCUUACGCCGUAUCAACCGAGUCCUGGCUUUGGUGUAGAGGAAUACGCGCUGCCAGAAGGAGCCGAUAUCGUCCAAGUUCAGCGCAUCGCAAAGGCUGGCAAGAAGUUGAAUGCCAAGGGUGCUUUGAAGUUCUUGAACAACUGGAAGUAUCAGUUGGGACACGAGAUCCUGGUUCCGAAAGGACGUCAAGAGCUGUUCGACUCUGGUAUUUUGCACUCUUACAUGUAUUCGUCGCUGUAUAAUCCGAACAGCAAGAUCAUUGUGCGAACAACAACGCAAGAUAGAAUGCUGAAGUCGGCCGAGUACUGGCUGGCGGGUUUCUUUGGUCUUGAAUGGACAAACAAUGCCACCAUCGAGGUCAUCAUUGAGCAAGAUAGGGCAAACAACUCGCUCGCCGGCUACUUGAACUGCCCCAACGCCCGCAAGCAAAAUGGAGGCGACGAUGCUGCCAAGGUUUGGAUCUCAAACUACCUUGCUAACGCCACUGCUCGGUUGAAAGAUCUGGCGGGUGGAUAUGACUGGACCAUCGAUGACACCUAUGCGGCUCAGACCAUGUGUCCGUACGAGACGGUGGCCUACGGCUUCAGCGUCUUUUGCGACUUGUUCACUUACGAAGAAUGGGUUGGCUUCUCGUACUCCGUCGACCUCAUGUUCGCCGGCAACAACGCGUUCCAGAACCCCACGGGUCGCGCUGUCGGUAUCGGCUAUCAACAAGAGGUCAUUGCGCGCCUCCAAAACCACACUCUGGGCUACUCUGGGUCUCAGAUCAACGUGACACUAGACAAUAACACGGUCACGUUCCCUCUCAAUCAAAGCCUCUACUUUGACUUCUCCCACGACACCAACAUUGCCUCCAUCCUAACGGCGUUUGGCCUGAAGCAGUUCGCACAACUCCUCCAACCAACGGAGUACCCGGGCCCGCACAACUUCACCGUCUCGCACAUCACACCCUUUGGCGCCCGACUCGACAUUGAGGUCAUCAAGACGCCCAAGCCGUUCAAGGCCGACCGUUCCGGGUACGAGAAGGACGGCGGGGAGACAAAGUACAUUCACUUUGUCCUGAACCAGAGGACCGUGCCGCUAGGCUGGAGUUUCCCCGAUUGCGAUGUCACGAGAUUAGACGGCUGGUGCGAGCUCGAAACGUUUUUGAACGUGCAGCAGGGCAUGCCUGAGCUGGCAGCCUAUGAUAGGGCUUGUCAUGGAGACAUUGAGACCGUUCCGUAUGGGACGGUGUAUGAUGGCCGGCCCUUGUGA